UUCACUUUACAAUUUCCUUCGAAACCAAAACGACGAUGACUACAGCCAUGAUGCCAGCCACGACGCCGUUGUGGCACCGCCCGCUCAACGUCGUCCUUCUACCCUCCAUGCUCUGCGCACCAGCGCCGACGCGCCUUCCCGGUAUCGAAGCGCUCUUGCACCCGACGACGCCGAGCCCAACGACGACGAGCCCAACGUCAACACGAUCACCGCGCUGGCGCCACUCCAAAUACUGCACGGUCGAGGGUUGCGAACGCGUCUCGCAGCGCAACGGUCUCUGCCACCGUCACGGCGGGAAGCGCACGUGCAAGGAUGUGUCGUGCAACGCAAAGGACCGCGGGAACGGCUACUGCAUCAAGCACGGCGGUGGUCGGCCCUGUGAUGUCGCUCAGUGCACAAAGAAGGCUCGCCGUCAAGGCUUGUGCACACAGCACCACCGCAUGGUGCUGGUCAAGGACGCGUGCUAGGUCCUGAGAAUGCAAGAGCUUAUUUAAAACAAGAAGAAACCCAUGUCGUUACCA